AUGAGAAACUUAGCUAUUUUAUCAGUUUCCUCCUUUUUAUUUGUUGAGGCUUUAUUCCAGGAAUACCAGUGCUAUGGAAGUUCUUCAAACACAAGGGUUCUUAAUGAAUUAAAUUAUGAUAAUGCAGGUACAAAUUUAUAUAAUGAAUUAGAAAUGAAUUAUUAUGGAAAACAGGAAAAUAGGUAUAGCCUUAAAAAUAGUAGUAGAUUACUUGGAGAAAAUGAUGAUGCAGAUAACGAUGAUGAAAAGGUAGUUGAUGGUGAAGAUAAAGAAGAACCUAAGGAUGAUGAAAAAGAAAAUGAUGAAGGGAAAAGAAAAUUAAAAAAAGAAAAAAAUAAUAAGUUAAGACAACCAGCAGGGAAUGAUAAUGCAGAUCCUAAUGCAGAUCCUAAUGCAAACCCAAAUGCAAACCCAAAUGCAAAUCCUAAUGCAAACCCAAAUGCAAAUCCUAAUGCAAACCCAAAUGCAAAUCCUAAUAAAAACAAUCAAGCUAAUUCAAAAGAUCAAAUAGGAAAUAGAGAUGAAAACGCUAAUGCCAACAAUGAUGGAAGAAAUAAUAAUAACGAAGAACCAUCUGAUAACAACAUAGAAGAUUAUAUAAAGAAAAUACACAAUUCUCUUUCAACUGAAUGGUCUCCAUGUAGUGUAACUUGUGGAAAUGGUAUACAAGUUAGAAUAAAGCCUGGUUCUGCUGGUAAACCUAAAGACCAAUUAGACUUUGAAAAUGACCUUGAAAAGAAAAUUUGUAAAAUGGAAAAAUGUUCCAGUGUGUUCAAUGUUGUAAAUAGUUCAAUAGGAUUAAUAAUGGUAUUAUCCUUCUUGUUCCUUAAUUAG